AUGCCUGGUCCAGGUCUCAGUGAGAGCCAGGAAGUCCACAGCAAAGAGAUGAGGUCUGCCUUGUGGUUGGCUGAUGACAGUUCCAGAGGCCCCGCCCCCUGUGGCAAGCUGCUGGUGGUCCACGAAGUGAACGGGGAAGCCGGCGUCCAGCCGCUCAGCUGCUCCGAGGUGGAGGAGCUCCUCCACAAGGCCGACGAGGCCGCGCUGACCUCACGGGCCGUGCUGACCUCACGGGCCGCGCUGACCUCAUGGGCCGCGCUGACCCCCCCCCCGACAGCGGGGGUCCAGGAGGAGGCGCCGAUGGAGAUCACCGGGCUGGAGGCCAAACCGGGCGGAAUGCCGAGCGUGAUGGAGGCCACCGCCCAGAACCCCGUCACCAUGGUGUUCAUGGGGUAUCAGAACGUGGAGGACGAGGACGAGACCAAGAAGGUUCUGGGUCUCCAGGGGACCGUGAAGGCCGAGCUGGUCCUGAUCCACGACGGGAAAACACCACGGGGCGGAGUGCGGGAGGAGACCCCGGCUCCACCCCCACCCACCUCCACCAAACCUCCUGAGAUGGCAGCCGCGAGCAACGAGGAGGUGAAGGAAGGAGUGGUGGAGGUGAAGGGUGGAGUGGAGGAGGUGAAGGAAGGAGUGGUGGAGGUGAAGGGUGUAGCGGAGGAGGUGAAGGAAGGAGUGCCCCUCCCUCAGCCCCGCCUUCAGCCCUGCCUCUAA